AUGUCUAAAUCAAGAGAUUUUUCUUCUAAUUUCCACGAAAACGAUGGAUAUACCGGAGAAAAGCUUGUUUAUCCAGCAGCAACUCGAAAUCAAGACUCUAUACUGCAAGUUCUAAAGAGAUUUAUUGUGACUGAGUUUGAUCAAAAUGAAGAUGAAGAUCAAUUGUUUUUGGAAGUUGCCUCAGGAUCUGGCCAACAUUUGGCACACUUUGCACCUAAUUUUCCUAAUGUCAUAUUUCAGCCUAGUGAAGUUGAUAGUAAUUUAUUUGGUAGUAUUUCUUACUAUGCUUCCGCUUGCCCAACUAAGAAUAUUUUACAGCCAUUGUUAAUAGACAUAAGGAAAAGUUUAUCCAACUAUGGGUUUAAAGAAGAAUCAUUAGAUUAUAUGUACUCAGCAAAUCUUAUACACAUAAGCCCUUAUGAAUGUACUGUAGGCUUAUUCCAAAACGCUGGUAAUUAUUUAAAGUCUGAGGCACUAAUGAUUACUUAUGGACCUUACAGUAAAGAUGGAAUAAUUACACCACAGAGCAAUGUUGACUUUGAUGCAUCUUUAAGAGCAAGAAACCCAUCUUGGGGCCUUAGAGAUUUAAAUGAUUUGAUAAAAUUGGCUGAAAAUAAUAAUGUUUCUCUUAUUGAUACAGUAGAGAUGCCUGCUAACAAUUUGACAUUGAUAUGGAAAAAAGAUUAA